AAAUCAACCUUAGAAACCACGCACUCUGUCCCGAAAAUCCAUGAGGAUAUUGUGUUUCUUUUACACUCUCGAGUACACCCACUCCGAUAAAUAUCUCUACUCAUCCAUAGCACAAAUCAUAGUCCUUUUCAUUUCUUUCCCUACUGCCCUCCCAUUUAUAUUCUGUACCAAGCCCUCUAUUCUCCUCAUCACUUAGCUCUCACUCUCUCUCUCUCACUCUCUCUCUCUCUCUCUCUCUCUCUCUCUCUCUCUCACUUUGUGUCAAGGUUCUUUGAGUGAUAUAGGAAAAUGGGUGAUAUUUCUUGCUCCAAUGGUAUUUCAAAUGGGAAUGGAGUUCAUGGAAAAGAACUUCCAUUAAAUGGUUAUAGGAAGAGCUGUUGGUAUGAGGAAGAGAUUGAAGAGAAUUUGAGAUGGUCCUUUGCUCUCAAUAGUAUAUUGCAUACAGGAGCUACUCAGUACCAGGACAUUGCGCUGUUGGACACAAAGCCCUUUGGAAAGGCUCUAGUAAUUGAUGGAAAGCUUCAAAGUGCUGAGACUGAUGAAUUCAUCUACCAUGAAUCUCUGGUUCAUCCAGCACUUCUUCAUCAUUCAAAUCCAAGGACCAUUUUUAUUAUGGGAGGAGGUGAAGGUUCCACAGCAAGAGAAAUUCUUAGACAUAAGACUGUAGAGAAGGUUAUUAUGUGUGACAUUGAUGAGGAAGUGGUUGAUUUUUGCAAGUCUUACUUAAUUGUAAACAGGGAAGCUUUCUGUGAUCCAAGACUUGAUCUCAUCAUCAAUGAUGCAAGGGUUGAGCUAGAAAGCAGAGAAGAGGCUUAUGAUGUGAUCAUAGGCGACCUGGCUGACCCAAUUGAGGGAGGCCCAUGUUAUAAACUCUACACCAAAUCCUUCUAUGAGUUUACUGUCAAACCUAGACUGAAUCAGGGUGGCAUAUUUGUCACACAGGCAGGACCAGCUGGAAUAUUCAGCCAUACAGAAGUAUUCUCUUGCAUUUACAACACUUUAAGACAGGUUUUCAAAUAUGUUGUGCCGUACUCAGCUCAUAUUCCUUCUUUUGCUGAUACUUGGGGAUGGGUUAUGGCUUCUGAUUCUCCCUUUGUGCUGAAUGCUGAUGAGUUAGACCUUAGGAUGAAACACAAGAUCAAGGGAGAGAACAGAUAUCUUGAUGGGAAAACAUUUUCAUCGGCAUCUACCUUGAGCAAAGCAGUUCGAAAUUCGCUGGAUAACGAGACUCAUGUGUACACAGAGGGAACAGCAAGGUUUAUAUAUGGUCAUGGUAGUGCCUAUAAGAACAAUCAUGGAUGAGAAAUGGAAUAGAAGGGAGCCCCUAGCAAAGAACACAGAAAUAUAAGACUGCAAGUACUGGAACACAAUCUUGGGUGUAUUAUCUAUAUUUCCAAUUUUCCUUUUUUUCUUUUUUCUUUUUUUUGUAUGCGUACUUACUUGAAAGGUAUGAUAUAAUGGUCAUGGAUGGUCUUUGUGUUUCUCUCUUCAUAAGGGAGUAA